AAAAAAUAUAAAUUGGGUAUCAAGGCUUUGCUGCAGUAUCCUCUUCGACUGUGAGUCGCGACCUAAAGUCACUCUUUUCUCAAAUUUCUCCUCAAUUUCACUAAGCACGAGAAGUGACCGAUUACGCUUCGAACUAAGUACUUGCUUGCAACCAGAACCAAAAGAUCACAAGAAGAUGAGCACCCUGGGCUGCUUCGAGUUUCUUGUCGGCGCUGGUGUGGGCACUAGUAUUGGAGUCUACAAGUCGGAGCAGCUGAAGCCGGUGUACGACCAGGCCUACGAGAAGGCCAAGGUAAGACACUGAUGAAUAUGUAGGAAUCUUCAUUUGCGCUUUCUGUUUAGCACCUGUCUGUGAAAGUGUACAACUUCGUGUGCAUGAAUGAGUCAUUUGUGCAAGCAAAACGAAUACAGAGUGAAAGCUGCAACAUGUAUUCUCACAGGAGUACUUCGCCUUGGCGAAGGAAAAGUUCGCUGAGUUUCGGGAGGCACAGAAGGUCGAUGUGAGUCUGUACAAGGAGCAGGCGACGGAAUGAGGUUGCAUCAUUAUUGGAGAAAGACGCAGCUGGGCCCAUGUCCUGCGCAUCGCGGCUUACCUCCUACGUCGUAUGGCUCACGAAAUAUACCUUCCGAAUCACGAUUCUCGAGAACGCCGGCCGAAGCGGUUUUUCGAUGAAAGCCCAUAGGCUUUCCUCUCAAAUAGUCUUUGCCGCCGGCUAGCUUACCAAUCAGGUAGUGGUAGUUUGAGAGCAUGUCGCGAUUGCGACUAUGCAUUUUCAAUUGCGCGAGGUAGACGUGAUUUUCCAGUACUAAGUAAAAUGUAUCUGUAUUCAGACUCUAGGGGCAAUCGUGUGGGGCGCUCGCAUUCUUGAUGUGCUUGUAUGUUGCUGAUUGUCGCAAUCGGAAUAGGACUACUACAUGUGAGAAGCAAUGUCUUCUGGCUAGUAGUGCAGCUAGCGUCGUCCUUCUGAAAGUACUGUGGUACUUCGGAUGCUGCGAUGCGAAAUAUGAAUGGAGAACUUGGUCAUACCUUCUACAACAUCUUUUGAAAUAAACGCAAAACCUAAGUUCUUGAAAUUCAUUUUAGCGGAGGUUCUCUCCUUUGCUUUUCGGGAGAGAAGAGAAAAACAUUUCAAAAGCAAUCAGCAGGCCGCGAUUCUGUUCGCGGAAUUGUGAUUGUCUUUCUUCUUCCUCUGAUUCAAUGGUACGAUAAUGACAAUAGACAACAAAGCGUACAAACAGCCGACAUUGUGAUAGCACUCCGCUAAAGAUCUUUUUUGCAGUGUCUUGCGCGGGCAGUUGGAGUGCGUAAU